AGUCUUCCUUCAUUAACCUUACUUAAGCCAUUCAUUUAUCUUAUGCCUCGUCCGAUUCGCGCCGUGAUUGAUCGCACGGCUUUUUAUCAAAAUUUAGCAGCGGUUGCAACAUUACAAACGCAUAGUAAAAAAUGGGCCGUGAUGAAGUGUAAUGCUUAUGGUCAUGGUUUGGCAUCUUUGGUGACCGAUUGGCUGCCUGCCGAUGGCAUCGCUGUGCUGGAUUUAGACGAAGCACAAACCGUGCGAUCUCAAGGGUGGGAAAAACCAAUUUUAUUAUUAGAAGGCUUUUUUGAGCCUGAUGAUUUGGUCAAAAUUGCUACGCUCAAUGCGCAGGUUGUUGUUCAUAGUCAGGUGCAAAUUGAACAACUACAAAAUUAUUGGUCGCAGGGCGAUAAAGCCAUUUUACCUAUUUGGCUAAAAUUCAAUACUGGGAUGAAUCGUUUAGGGUUUACCGAGCCUUUAGCGAUGCUAUUGCAUCAACUGCAAGGUUGCAAAGUUCAUGUCCAAGGUGUGAUGAGUCAUUUUUCGUGUGCAGACGAAAAAGGACACCCCAGCUUUGAUCGCCAGAAGAAUCAAUUUUUGCAAUGGGUGGAUUCGUUUCCUUUUGAGCGUAGUUUCGCAAAUUCUGCUGGAGUAUUGUGGCAUCGGGAAAGUCAUUAUGAAUGGAUACGUCCUGGCAUUAUCUUAUAUGGUGGUUCUCCCACUGGCGUGUAUGAAGAUAUUGCCAGUUUUCAGUUUAAACCCGUGAUGUCUUUACAAAGUGAAAUUAUUGCGAUUCAAACCCUUAAGGUCGGCGAUGAAGUUGGUUAUGGUGCAACGUUUGUGGCAAAACAACCUAUGCGGAUCGGUGUGGUUGCCUGUGGUUAUGGUGAUGGCUAUCCAAGACAUGCGCCAACAGGAACGCCAAUUGUCGUCGAUGGCGUUCCAACCACUACUGUUGGGCGAGUUUCCAUGGAUAUGAUCAUGGUGGAUUUGACACCUAUCCCAGAAUCUGGUGUUGGAAGUGCGGUCGAGUUAUGGGGCGCACAAGUGCCUGCUGAUCACGUGGCAAAAUCAGCGGGUACAAUCGCUUAUGAAUUGUUUUGCGCUCUGGCAGCACUGUCUGAUAUCAAAACCGAUGAAAUUAUUAAAAAAUUUGCACGCAGCCCCAAUGAUACGGGCUCUCCAGAAGUGCAAGUUGCUUUAUUAACGGCUCAUAUCAAUGAGUUGAUUCCUCACUUUAAAGAGCAUAGCAAAGACCAUCAUGGUCGCCGUGGUCUGCUCAAAAUGGUGAGUCGUCGUCGUAGUUUGCUUGCUUAUCUCAAACGUAAAGAUAUUGCGCGUUAUCGCCAAUUAAUCGAUGCGCUUGGCUUACGGAAGUAA